AAAACCAAAAAUAUCCGAUCGAGAUUACAAAAUAAAAGAGGCGAAUCUUAUCCACUAGAAAAAAGGAACUUUCCCAAAAUGAAGGCGGAGCUAAAUUUGCCGGCGGGAUUUCGAUUUCACCCGACGGACGAAGAGCUCGUUAAGUUCUAUCUCUGCAGGAGAUGCGCAUCGGAGCCGAUUAGCGUUCCGGUAAUCGCAGAGAUUGAUCUUUACAAAUUCAGUCCGUGGGAACUGCCAGAAAUGGCUUUGUACGGAGAGAAAGAGUGGUAUUUCUUCUCACAUCGGGACCGAAAAUACCCAAACGGUUCGCGUCCAAACCGGGCAGCUGGAACCGGUUAUUGGAAAGCGACUGGAGCUGAUAAACCGAUCGGUAAACCGAAGACAUUAGGUAUUAAGAAAGCACUCGUCUUCUACGCCGGGAAAGCGCCGAAAGGGAUAAAAACGAAUUGGAUUAUGCACGAGUACCGUCUCGCUAAUGUUGAUCGGUCUGCUUCUACGAACAAGAAGAACAACUUACGACUUGAUGAUUGGGUAUUAUGUCGGAUUUACAAUAAGAAAGGAACAAUGGAGAAGUAUUAUCCAUCCGACGAAAAAUCGACGGCGAUAACAACUACGUCGGACUCAAAAUGCUCAAGUCACGUGAUUUCACCGGACGUCACGUGCUCCGAUAACUGGGAGGCUCAGAGCCAGUCCAAAUGGGUUGAUCUCGACGACGCGUUUGACACGUCGAUGUUUGAUUCCAUCGAGCUAUUGCAAAAUGACGCUUUUGUCCCUCAGUUUCCGUAUCAGUCCGACUUUGCCACUUCGUUUGAGGACCCGCCGGAGCAAAAACCGUUCUUGAAUUGGAGCUUUGCUCCUCAGGGGUAAAAACGGAAGAGCUUACAAAUUGAAGCUUUCCAGAGUAUUCGGCCACCGGACCAGAGGAAAAGGAAAGACUCGGCGUCGGAUCCUGACUCGGAAACCAAGUUGGGUCAUAAAGUGACGGAGUUGGGAUUUGCAACCUCCGGUUUCAAUAUCCAAUGUUCUGGCAAAUGGGUUUCCACUGGUUGACCAGACUCAACAGCAAGAUUCAAUUUUUUUUAUUAAAUGUUUAACGAUAUUAAAGUAGAUACAGAGGAACUGUAAAAGCAAUAGUGACCAUUAUAAAUUAUAUAUAUUCAUCAUAAUCAAUGAGCAUGAGCGUAUUUUUCUU